AUGGAGUUUAUUAAAGAGGAGAGUGAAGACCUGAAGAUUGAAGAAACACUCAAACAUGAAGAUACUGACGAACACACAGACCUGAUGUCGCUGAAAGAGGAGAGUCAAGACCUGAAUGAAAUGGAAGAGAAAAAUCAGUAUGAGAAAAGUCAUGAUUUUGUGACUGGAGAAAAAUCUUUUAGUUUCUCACAGACUCAUAAAACAGAAACUAAGAACCUUGAAGUCCACACUGAAGAGAGUCAUUUUAGCUGCCAGCAGUGUGGAAAGAGUUUCAGUCGAAAACAAAGCCUUACAAUGCACUUAAAAAUCCACAGUGGAGAGAAGCCAUUCAUAUGCCCUCAAUGUGGAAAGAGUUUUACACUGAAAAAAACACUUAGUGCCCAUAUGAGCAUUCACACUGGAGAGAAACCUUACUCCUGCAAACUGUGUGGGAAUGCUUUCUCAAGAAAAGAAAGUCUUAAUAUUCACAUGAGAAUCCACACUGGAGAGAAGCCUUACCCCUGCCAGCAGUGUGGGAAGAGCUUCUCAGUGAAAGGAAAUCUUAAAACUCACAUGAGAAUCCACACCGGGGAGAGGCCGUUUAUAUGCUCUCAGUGCGGAAAGAGCUUCUCACUAAACAGACAUCUUGAAGUGCACAUGCAAGAUCACACCGGCAAGAGGUUGUUCAUCUGCUCUCAGUGUCCAAAGAGUUUUAAGCAGAAAAAAGAACUUGAUGCUCACAUAAAAAUUCACACGGGAGAGAAGCCUUACUCCUGCAAACUGUGUGGGAAGAGCUACAAAAUCAAAGCAAUCCUUAAGAUCCACAUGAGAGUUCACACUGGUGAAAAGCCAUUUGUUUGUGAUCACUGUGGAAAGAGUUUCAGAUAUAAAGAAAGCCUUAAUCAUCACAUGAGGAUUCACUCGGGAGAGAAAUGUUUUAUUUGUCAUCUUUGUGGAAUGAGUUUCCCAGACAGGAAUCAUCUUGACAAACAUGUUAAAAAUCACGCUGGAGUGAAGCUUUCCAUGUGCCAUCACUGUGGAAAGAGUUUCAAACAAAGAGCAAACUUUGUGAAUCACAUGAGAGUUCACACUGGAGAGAAGCCUUUCUCCUGCACUCAGUGUGGAAGGAGCUUCACAGUUAAAGGACACUUUGAGUAUCACAUGAGACUUCACUCUGGAGAGAAACCUUACACCUGCCCUGAUUGUGGAAAGAGCUUCACAAAUAAAGGAAACCUUAAUACUCACAUCAGAGUUCACACUGGAGAGAAGCCUUACAAGUGUCCUCAGUGUGAAAUGAGUUUUGCAUAUCACACAGAACUGAAACGGCAUGUCCAAACUCAUUCGGUAAAUAUAAUUCUGAUUUCCACAGUGGUGAAGAUUGAAGAAACACUCAAACAUGAAGAUACUGACGAACACACAGACCUGAUGGCGCUGAAAGAAGAGAGUCAAGAACUGAAUGAAAUGGAAGAGAAAGAUCAGUAUGAGAAAUGUCAUGAUCUCAUGGUUAGGGUGAAAUCUUUGAGUUACUCAAAGAGUCAUAAAACAAAAACAAGAAACUUUGAAGUCCAGAUGAGAGUUCACACUGGAGAGAGUCCUUUCAGCUGCCAACACUGUGGGAAGGGUUUCUCACUGAAAGGAAAUCUUAACAUUCACAUGAAAAUCCAUACUAGAGAGAAGGCUUUCAUAUGCUCUCAGUGUGGAAAGAGAUUUACACAGAAAAAUACCCUAAAUGCCCACAUGAGAGUUCACACGGGAGAGAAGCCAUACACCUGCAAAAUGUGUGGGAAGCACUUCACGCGAAAAGAAAAUCUUAGAAAUCACAUGAGAGUUCACACUGGAGAGAGACCUUUCACCUGCAAACUGUGUGGGAAAAGCUUCACACGAAAAGAAAAUCUUAAAAUUCACAUGAGAGUUCACACCGGAGAGAAACCUUACACCUGCAAACUGUGUGGAAAGUGUUUUAAACAGAAAAAGUACCUCGAUGGCCACAUGAGAGUUCACACUGGAGAGAAGCCGUUUGUUUGUGAUCAGUGUGAAAAGUGUUUCAGGUGUAAAGCACAGCUUGAUCUUCACAUGAGGAGUCACUCAGGAGAGAACUGUUUUAUAUGUCAGCAGUGUGGAAAGAGUUUCUCACACAAAGGAAACUUUGAGAAUCACAUGAGAGUUCACACUGGAGAGAAGCCUUUCACCUGCUCUCAGUGUGGAAAGACCUUCACAAUUAAAGGAAACCUUAAGAUUCACAUGAGAAGUCACACUGGAGAGAAACCUUACAAGUGUCCUCAGUGUGAUAAGAGUUUCACAUAUCACACAGACCUGAAACGGCACGAAACAAAAGCUCAUUCUGGAAAGAAAAUCCAAACCUUAUCACACUGAGGAAAAUGGCUAUUUCAACAAUCAUACGCACAUUCACUCUGAAGAAAGACAAUUCAAUUGUGAUCAGUCUAAUUAAAACAUCACAUUAACACAUUCAUAUAAAAAAUCAUGUAAAUGUGGGAACCUGAUUGUGUUCUUUGAUAAACCCUAUUUGGACAGGAUUCGUUUUACAUAGAGUGGUGGGAUAGAAUAAUAUAACCAGAUCUUCUUCGUGAUUUUAGUCCCAUCUGAAUGUGCCAUCUCAGUAAUCAUUCUAGAUAAUAUCAGUAAAUAUUCAGGGCUCUAGACUAACUUUUUGCACUGGUUGCAUUAGUGCGCCUAACUUUUUUCUUACACCGCAGUUUUACAAGUUCACUUUUUUAUUUUAAAUUGCUGUCCAUAUUGGCAAUAUUGACUU